UUGAGCCGACACUCCGAUAUCCAUCCCAAGCAGCAGAGCAUGACGAAGCGGCAGUACCCGCUUCCGGCCGACUACUUUCGGUGCCCGGCCUUGACAAACGACGAGCGCGCGUACUUUAUCCAGCUCGGCGACAAGACGUUCCACACGUUCCUCGAGAAGACGGUAACCAAGCCGGACCCGAGCCUCGAGUGGCGCUCGGCCGGGCGCCAGCACGGCGUCAAGCUCCUCGAAGCCCACAGCACGAGCGGCCACCGCCUCGACCAAGGCAUCUUGCCCUUUCGUGCAAUCGCCAAGGUCACGGGGACGAUCGAAGAGGUCGCGGCGCUGCACGACUUUGACACGCGCGACAAGUGCCUCACGUACAUGAACCAGUACGACUCGAUGGGCGACGUCCUCGACAUGAUUCCGCUCUACACGUUCAUCGAGCGGUCGGCGGACCUCCCGUCGCUCCAUCAAGUGUACGUCAAGUGGGUUGCGUGCGCGAGUCCCGUGCCCAUGAUCCACGACCGCGACUACCUCUACAUUGAGACACAAAACGAGUUUAUUCUCGAGUCGGGCCAGCGUGGCUGGGCGUACUGCCAGCACUCGAUCACACUGCCGUCCGUGCCGCCACUGCGCAACCAUACGGGCCUCAACCUCGUGCGCGGCUCGCUCUACCACACGGGCUGCGUCUUUCUCGAGUCCGAGACGCCUGGCGUCUUGGAGGUGACGUACCACAUUGCGUCCGACUUCAAGGGCGCGAUGCCGCAGUGGGUCCGCCGCCUCGGGCUCAAGCGGCGCGCGACCAACGUCGCCAAGGUCAACGAUUUCAUCCACGAACAGCGCCUCAGCGCGUGUCGCAUGCGCACGCAGCUCGAGUGCCGGCCGACGCUUCACUCCAAGCACUGCCACCUCUGCGACCGAUCGUUCGCGCUCCGCCGGCCACGCAACUGCCACGCAUGCGGCGAAGUCGUGUGCUCACGCUGCUCGAAACCGUGGCGGCUCACCGGCAUCUUUCGGCUUGGGCCCGCGACCGUGUGCGUCUGCCACGCGUGCUCGUCGGCGGUCCGGGACGGCACGUCGCUGCACUUUAGCGCCUCUGACGGCGAUGCGAUUGCCGAAGCACGCGACGAAGAUGACAACGAGAUCGACGACGAGGAUCGGCCGUCGAUCAUCAUCAUUGCGUCCGAGCCGCCGCCGCGCCGGUCGUCCAUGAGCCGGCACUCGAGCUUUUCGCGGGCGCGGCCGUCGAUCCAGCCGUCGCGCAAGCCAUCGCGACGCAACUCGAUCAAGGGAAUCUUCCGCCCGUCGACGUCGACCAUCUCGUACGUCUCGUCGUCCAACGAGCCGACGCCGUAUGUGAGCAAGAUGCACCAAGAUUUUCUCGACGUCGCGUCGACGACCGAGACGGUCGACCUCACGCGGCUUCAAAAGCAGCUGCAAACCAAGCACGAGCACGACGCACUGGAAGCCAUGUACCGCCGCAUGACGCCAGGCCUUGAUCGGUUCGUGCACGUUGACACGGGCAGCGACGUCGACUAUGUGCCCGAGACGAAAGAAAUCGACGACGACCACCGCCACUCGUCGCCAUCGACCGUCGAUUUGAGCUACCUCAACGAGAUCUACCGCCACACACUCUCAUCGUCGUCGCACGCCGACAGCGACCCGCGCUACUCGUACUGGGAGAGCGAGCCGCCGCUUCUCGACUACCGCAAGUCGCGUGUCUCCGAGUACGACCCGUCGCGCCGCAGCGCCUACGACGAACUCAACGCCCUCGUCGACGACGUGGAAGAGUCCAAGGAAGACGCAGGCAAUGGCUUCCGCGUCCACGCGCCACCGGGCACCACCAUGUACCCGCUGCCGACCAAGGCAGCACCCGAAACACCAGGUGUGCCAGCUCCAAAGGGCGCGACGCUCUAUACGAUGCACCCGCGCCACGACAGCUACGGUUUUGCGACGCCCUUUACGAUCGCCGAAGAGGCGUUGGACUCGCUCAAGUCGUCGACCGUCGUCAAGCCGUACGAGCUCGACGGGCUCGAGCUCACGGACGAGUCUGCACUCUCGAGCCUCAACACGAGCCGGUCGUACCAAGAGAGCGUGCUGCAGCAGGCAGUCGACGAUGCCGAUCUGCCGCCGCCGCCGACCGCCGACCACGGAUUUGCGUACAAGCCGAUCGCGUCCAACCACGAAGGUGUCCGACGACUCCUCGCCGAGCUCGCCAAACAGCAGCAGCAACAACAACCGUACUAGACUCGUGUAAUUUAACCACCCAAUCGCAAACCCACUGGACGAUCGCGAGUCCCGUACCCUAA